UGACCUUUUGCUAAAAAAAAAUUAAGAAGAUAAACAUCUCAAACUAAAGAGGCAUUAGAUUAACAUGGAGGCCAUCACUACAACCUGUUUGAGCGGCGCUGGAAGGUUGAUUUCACUCUCUCAAGAGAUAAAAACGACGUAGCUGAAUUACACUCUGCAGUAAGAUGGCAACGCUUGACAGCCUUGUUUGUGUCAAAGACUUUGAAGAAAGGGCAGCUGGAAUUCUAGAGAAACAUCCAUUGGAUUAUUACAAAUCGGGCGCAGGACAUGAAAAUUCUCUUCAAGGUGCACGAGACGCGUAUCUGAGGGUGCAACUGAAGCCAAGGGUGCUGCGAGACGUAUCAAAGUGCUGCUUGACCAGCACCGUCCUCGGCAAGUCAACACCUAUGCCCUUUGGAGUGGCACCAGCCGCCCUUCAGAGAAUGGCACACCCCGAGGGUGAAAUCGCAAACGCCCGAGCUGCUGAAAAACUAGGCUCGAUUUUUGUGCUGAGCACUCUGAGCACCACAUCCCUCGAAGACGUGGCGGCAGCGGCGCCCACAGCACGCAAGUGGUUCCAGCUUUACAUUUACAAGGACAGGGAGGUCACCAGGCAGUUGGUCAAGAGGGCAGCAAACGCUGGCUUUGAGGCGCUCGUCCUCACAGUAGACGCGCCCAUUUUGGGAAUUAGAUACGCUGACGCGAGAAAUAAAUUUUCCCUACCGCCGCAAUUUGAGGUCGCCAACUUCAAAGGAAUAACGAGGAGUGACAUGACCUCCAGCGGCGAAGGGUCGGGCGUGAACGAAUAUGUGGCAAGCUUGCUGGACUCCAGUCUUUCUUGGAAAGAUAUUGCCUGGUUGAAAUCGAUUACAUCGUUGCCAAUCAUUCUGAAGGGUAUUUUGACAGUGGAAGAUGCUCUGUUGGCGGUGGAGCACGGAGCAGCAGGAAUUGUUGUUUCCAGCCACGGCGCAAGGCAAAUUGAUACUGUUCCAUCUCCAUUGGAAGUUCUUCCCGCGAUUGUCGAAAAUCUAAAAGGUACGAAUUGCGAGGUUUACAUUGACGGUGGAGUGUCGACAGGAACGGAUAUUUUCAAGGCGAUCGCACUCGGCGCAAAAAUGGUGUUCGUCAAGAGACCAGCGAUUUGGGGUUUGGCGUGUGGCGGGCAAGAAGGCGUGGAAAGAGUUCUGCACAUCUUGAAAAGGGAGUUGGAAGUGACCAUGGUGCUCACUGGGACCACUUCAAUAGACGCCGUCACCAGAGAAUAUGUUCGCAUCCCGCCUGACUGGAUCAGCAGCAAACUUUGAUAAUUUUAUUUUCGAGAGAGCCAUUUCUUAUAAUGUAUCGAAUACUUAUUAUGGAAACUUUAAAAAACAUAAUUUUGUACUUACAACGCAAAAGUUUUAUAUUUGUAUGCUAAUGGAUUUAGCCCCUGCAAAGUUUUAAGUGUGCAACUCUUCAGAUCAGUAAUACUGGACAGGUUGCCUACUUUUAAACAAUGCAGGCGCAGGUGGUGUGUACUAAAAAAAGUUAUCUCCUUUCAAUUAAUUGAAAAUAAAUUAACGUCUUACAUCAAAUUAAGAAGAGCGGCUUUGGCACACAAACAAAAACCGUCCAAUCGAUUUUGAUUGUAAUUUUUCUCUACCAUAGCAUUGCCAAGACUCUCUAGUAAUUUAUUUGAUCCAACAUUUUUCGACCAUUAAAUGAAAAUAGUUUUGGUUGAGUGACCAUCCAUUUUAGUCCAAGUUAGUGUGGAGUACUUGAGGUAGUGAAAACAAUUUUAAGAAUUUUAAGGGACUCAUUGCAAAUUACCCAAAAAGAAGACAAUGCUAAGUUUCCAAUGGAAUGGAACAAGAGUUGGAAUAUCAUGAUGGAAUGUCAUGAUGUAUGUAUUGAGAAUUUAUAUUUUUAUGGUUCAAAACUUACGGCUUGAAAAGAUUAUGUAUCAGAUCUGGCUAAGGUCGUGGAUGAGCCUCCUUUUGAGAGCUGAACAAGUUCUCAAGUACCAUAGUUCUUCCGUUAAAAACUGAA